CACUGUCAGGUGGUGCUCAACUGGGAAGAUGAGAGGUGUACGUUUCUCCACCACUUCUCUGGGCCAAGACCUGUCGCCUUGCCAUAGUUUGGGUUUCUCCGCGACGCGUCUUUGAAGGCUCUCUUGAACUCUCUGCCGACGUCUGACACGGGAUCCUUGGUGUUGCACUUCACGCCAUGCUUGAUGGCAGCUUGAGCAUACGCCCGCGGAAUUGGGGUGUUAGGCUGGAACAGCGUUCCAAACGCAUCAAAGCAUAAUAACAGAUUCUUUUUCGCGUACUGAGCUCGUGUUGGAAACAUAUCGAAGUCGUUGUUCGGGUCUAGAGUCCGCCCCUUUCAGCGGGCAGCUGGUCAGUGCAUCCUCCAAUGAGACACGAACACCUCCGCGAUUUCGAGGACCGAUCACAACGCAACACGUUCAAACUACACACGCUCCUUUAGACAAUUGCCCAACGCACAAGAUGGCUCCAAUCCAGCAGCAGAAGGACAAGUACUCUGUCCUGCUCCCCACAUACAAUGAGCGUCGCAACCUGCCCAUAAUAGCAUGGCUGCUCAACAAGAUGUUCACUGAGAACAAUCUGGACUGGGAGCUCAUCAUCGUGGACGACGGCUCGCCCGACGGCACACAAGAGGUGGCAGCGCAGCUCCAGAAAGUGUACACACCGCAGCACAUCCAGAUCCGCGCGCGCGCCGGCAAGCUGGGCCUGGGAACCGCGUACGUCCACGGCCUGCAGUAUGCGACAGGCAACUAUGUCAUCAUCAUGGACGCCGACUUCAGCCACCACCCCAAGUUCAUCCCCGAGAUGAUUGCGCUGCAGAAGACCAAGAACUACGACAUCGUCACCGGCACCCGGUAUGCAGGCAACGGCGGCGUCUACGGCUGGGACCUAAAGAGGAAGUUUGUCAGCCGCGGCGCAAACCUGUUCGCGGACACAGUGCUGAGGCCCGGCGUUAGCGAUCUGACUGGCAGCUUCAGGCUGUACAAGAAGGAGGUGCUGCAGAAGGUUAUCAAGAGCACAGAGAGCAAGGGGUACACGUUUCAGAUGGAGAUGAUGGUGCGCGCAAAGGCCAUGGGUUGCACGGUGGCCGAGGUGCCCAUCUCGUUUGUUGACCGUCUGUACGGUGAGAGCAAGCUCGGCGGAGACGAGAUCGUUGAGUAUGCCAAGGGCGUGCUGAACUUGUGGCUGAAGGUUUGAGAGGGGAAGACUGCAUGAUUCGGCGUUGGACGGUAGGGAACAUGAGCUUUAUUGGGAGCCUUCGGGCUUGCUGAUGAAUGAUAUCCACGGCAGGCAGGAAGUGAUUACUUUGGCUUUUCGCACAUCUACUACCAGAGUCGCUACAAAC